CCUCCACCAACUUCACUUGUUCCCACAAACCGGGUGACGGAGACGCCUUACAGUUUUCCACAGCAAAUCAGCAUAUAAUUCAGUAAUUACUGGCAGCUGAGCUCCACAAAGGUUCUUAAAAACAAAAAAGAGAGAAGAUACUAAGCACUUUAUACUUUGCUUCUUAAAAAUCUGCAUCACUUCCUUAAAUUUCUGCUUUCCUGUUGCCAUGGAGAAGGUCCAGUACAUAACCCGCUCCGCUAUGAGGAGAGCCUCCACUAUUGAGGUGAACCCACAAACACGUCAAAGGCUUCAGGAGCUUUUUGUAAAUUUCUGUCUUAUCUUAAUAUGCCUCUUGCUUAUCUGCAUCAUUGUGAUGCUUCUCUGAAGUCCAGCUUCUUUGAUUGAUCUUCACACCGCUAUACAAUGAGAAAGGCACGUCCAGAGGAGGAAAGGAAUCAAGAAACUUCCCGCACAAGGAAAACUUGCAAGAAGGUCCAGCAUUUGGACUAAGUGAUUUCUCAACAGCUGCACUGUUCACUGUUAGCCAUCAUUACAAUGUUAAAUGCACCUGUGUUGAACUGUAUUUCAAACCUUCCAUCACAAGGCUAUGCAUGAGCUACCUAUUUACCCUGCUUAAAAAACAGAACCUGAAGUCUUCUGUGAAUGUUGCACAGCAGUGGCUUUGGUUAACUGUGUGAAUGAAUUGAUGUUUCAGUACAAAGAGCUAUAAAAUGUCCAAUCUUGUAUCCUUGGUCCUAGAUGCUUCAUAUAUCACUACCAACCAUUCAAUCAUUCGGUUCUAUAUUUUUAAUAGUAAAUAACGGCCUCUAGAAAGAGGCUCUGGGCGGGUGCCCCGCCCUUGGACACUCAGUGUCAAUUU